UUUUUCUGGCAUGCCUGCCGCCUAACGCUUACUCAGGAUCCUUGGUGGCUUGGUUAGGCAUGGCGGAAGUCAGUGUUCAAAGACUCCUUCUUUUGGUUGUUUCUCUGGCAAAGUGUCUGGAGGGUACAAAGUUGCUGGCACACCUUAAAAAAUGUGGUGACUUGGAAUGUGAAACUUUGAUCAGCCGAGUCUUAGCCCUGAGAGAUUACACAGGACCUGACUGCCGGUACCUGAAUUUCACUACGGGAGAGGAGAUAUCUGUUUAUGUUAAACUUGGAGGAGACAGAGAAGAUUUGUGGGCAGGAAGCAAAGGAAAAGACUUUGGAUUUUUUCCCAGAGAUGCAGUCGAAAUUGAAGAGGUGUUCAUAUCUGAAGAAGUCGAAAUGCCAACUAAAGAGUCUGACUUUCUUUGUCUUCUUGGCGAAGGCUACAUAUUUGGAAGUGAACAGAGUGAAUUAAACAGUGAAGAUGAUGAAGAAUAUAUGUACCCAUAUGAAAAAGAUGAAGACUCAAACUAUAAUAUAUAUGAAGGUGAUUUUCAGCCAGAACCUGACUUUCAUGCAGCUUCUGAAGGGACUUUGUUGGAAGACCAAAUUUCAGCAUCAGAAACUCCUGAUGAUUUCAGAUUUUCCAAUGAGUGGAAGGACUGGGAAGGGGCUGGAAGCGAGGGCAGAGGGGAGCAGGGUUACACUGCAGACUCUGACCAAGCCUUGGCAUCCCUCAGUACACCAGAAAGGCAAGGAUGGUUUGGUCUGGGGACAGAAGAAGCUGAAGAGAAGGUGUUUGAACCAGAUGCUGAACCUACACAAGAAUUAGCACUAGAAGAGGAUAGUGCCCUGGAGAAAUCACACAGUGUCGAACCCCAAGUGGAACUUGAGCAAGAGCCAAAAUUGGAGACCUCAGAAUUCAGUUCAGUGCCAGAGGAACAGUACGAUCUAGCAUCUGAGUCCGAGAGCGUUCUCCAACCACAAGCCUCUGGUUGGUUUGGCGGUGGAUUUACAAGUUAUUUAGGUUUUGGAAAUGAGGAUGCAGGACUUGAGUUAUUGUCCAAAGAAAGCAAUCCACCAUUACAAGAUGUUCCCAGCUCUGUUUUACCAGAUGAAGAAGCCUCAGCUCCUUGCAGAGAAAUACCAACAGACAAGGAAGAUACAGUCAUUAACGAUAGCUCUGUUCUCAGUCCAAGCUGGUUUUACUUUGGUUUUGGUAUGCUAGGCUUUACAAAUGCUGAUGAAGACAAAAUUAUUUCAAACAAUGGGGAAAAUGAAGAUGGUGAGGUAGAUAACCUCCAACAUGCUGUAGGAAGUGACUUUGACCCUGAAAAGGAACAAGAAAGGAAAAUAGUGACUGUGGAAACAGAAGACCAAGCAGGUAAGGAAGGCGCCCUGGAGAAGACAGAUGAUUCUGGUUCUAUGCAGUAUCUGAAGAAGUUCUUUGAUAAUCCUUGGGGCUUCCAGAAUCUCCCAGAGGACACAGAAUUACCAUUUUCCAAACAGAAGCUGGAUCAAGAAGAUAUAGUAGAAAAUGACAAAACUGAAAAACUUUCCACUGAAAAUUCUCCCACAGGAAGCAUGAAAAAUCCCAUGAUGUUGGAGGGCAGAUACAGUCUGUCAGAUACGGACUCUGAAAUGGAAUCACCUGUGGGAGUCCAUGAAGGGGUACAUUUCAAGUCCUCAUCUUUCAAAAGGAAUGAGGAAGAUUCAAACUCAUGGGCGGACCCUGAGGAGCUCUUUGUGGGACAAACAGGCGGCUCUGUGGAAGAUGCCUUGCUCGGUGAUACUCAGCUGGCUUCUCCAAGAGAGCAUGCUGCGGAGUUUCAGCUUCUGAAGUAUUUAUUUCAAAUUGAUGUCUACGGUUUCGUGAGCUCCGCUCUUUCACCACUUGAAAUUCUUUUAGAAAGUGUUGUGGCAGCAUUGCCUGAAGAUAUGAGAGCAGACUUUAAUCCCAAUGGGUUUUCACUGGAAUUGGCAGUUUGUGUGCUGACCAUUGGACUGCUUGCUGUUGUCUUGUUUCUGUGGAGAGGCUUCCGAUCGAUUCGAAGCCGAUUUUACGUGGGGAGAGAAAAAAAACUCGCUCUUGAGCUUUCUGCACUAAUUGAAGAAAAAUGUAAACUACUUGAAAAAGUCAGCUCUGUUCAAAAGGAGUGUGAAGGCUUAGAGUCAUCUUUAAAGGAGGCCAGCUUUGAGAAGGACUCAACAGAAGCACAAAGUUUGGAGUUUGUUGAAGGAUCACAAAUAUCAGAGGCAACCUAUGAAAAUCUGGAAAGAUCCAAAUCUAAACUUGAAGAUGAAAUACUUCUCCUAGAGAAAGAGCUAGAAGAAGAGAGAGCAAAACAUUCCAAACAAGAUGAGUUGAUGGCUGAUAUUUCCAAAAAGAUACAGUCCCUAGAAGAUGAGUCAAAAUCUCUCAAAUCACAAGUAGCAGAAGCCAAAACAACCUUUAGAAUAUUUGAAAUCAAUGAAGAGCGACUCAAGGGAGCAAUAAAGGAUGCCUCGAAUGAAAAUUCUCAGCUUCAGGAAAGCCAGAAACAGCUUUUACAGGAAGCUGAAAUAAUCAAAGAACAAGUGAGUGAUCUCGGUAAACAGAAAGUGACAUUGGAAGAGUCCAGAGCACAGGCGGAACAAGUUCUGAGUGAGAAGGAGACUCAGAUUGAGUCUCUGAUCAAGAACUUGCUAAAGAUGAAGGAUUGGGCUGCUGUGCUUGGAGAAGACAUAGCAGAUGAUGGUAAUCUGGACUUGGACGUGAAGAGUGGCCUAGAGAACACUGCUCCCUUAGAUAAUCAGCCAAAGGGAGCUUUGAAGAAGCUGAUUUAUGCAGCUAAGUUAAAUGCUUCUUUAAAAGCCUUGGAAGGAGAAAGAAAUCAAAUUUAUACUCAGUUAUCUGAAGUGGAUCAAAUAAAAGAAGACCUUACAGAGCAUAUCAAAAGUCUUGAGUCUAAACAAGCAUCUUUGCAGUCAGAAAAGACACAGUUUGAAAGUGAGAGCCAGAAACUUCAACAGAAACUGAAAGUAAUAACUGAGCUGUACCAAGAAAAUGAAAUGAAACUUCACAGGAAAUUAACAGUAGAAGAAAAUUACCGAUUAGAGAAAGAAGAAAAACUUUCCAAAGUAGAUGAGAAAAUCAGCCACGCGACCGAGGAGCUGGAGACAUGCAGGCAGCGUGCCAAGGAUCUUGAAGAAGAGCUGGAGAGAACAAUUCAUUCUUACCAGGGGCAGGUUAUUUCUCAUGAAAAAAAAGCACAUGAUAAUUGGCUGGCAGCUCGGACUCUUGAAAGAAAUCUCAAUGAUUUAAGAAAAGAAAAUGCCCACAACAGACAAAAAUUAACUGAAACAGAGUUUAAAUUUGAACUUUUAGAAAAAGAUCCUUAUGCACUUGAUGUUCCAAAUACAGCAUUUGGCAGAGAGCACUCCCCAUAUGGUCCCUCACCACUGGGCCGACCUCCAUCUGAAACGAGAGCUUUUCUCUCUCCUCCAACAUUGUUGGAAGGUCCACUCAGACUCUCACCUUUGCUUCCAGGGGGAGGAGGAAGAGGCUCACGAGGCCCUGAGAACCUUCUGGACCAUCAAAUGAAUACUGAAAGAGGAGACUCAAGCUACGACAGGUUAUCUGAUGCUCCUAGAGCACCUUCUGACAGGUCCCUGUCACCUCCAUGGGAGCAAGAUCGCAGGAUGACAGCCCAUCCACCACCAGGCCAACCAUAUUCUGAUCAAGCUCCACAAAGACAAGAUAGGUUUUAUUCUAAUUCUGGUAGACUCUCUGGACCAGCAGAACUCAGAAGUUACAAUAUGCCUUCUUUGGAUAAAGUGGAUGGGCCAGUAUCCUCAGAAAUGGAAUCCAGUGGAAACGAUACCAAAGAUAAUCUUGGUGACUCUAACGUGCCUGACUCUCCUCUUCCUGCUGAGAGCGAAGCAGCUGGCCGCGGCUUCCUCCCACCACCUUUUCCCCCAGUCAGAGACCCAUUGUUUCCAAUGGAUCCAAGGAGCCAGUUCAUGAGAAGGGGUCCCUCUUUCCCCCCACCGCCUCCAGGAAACGUCUAUACAGCUCCUCGAGACUAUUUUCUACCAAGGGACUUCCCUGGCCCACCACUUGCUGCGGUCCCAGGGAGAACUGUGUACGCACCAAGGGGCUUUCCGCCUUACCUUCCCCCAAGGGCUGGGUUCUUUCCCCCUCCCCCACAUCCUGAAAGUAGAAGUGAGCUCCCCCCACACUUGGUUCCGCCUUCAAAAGAGCCCGCAGCUGACCCUCCGGGAACACAGGAGGCCUGACAGCCUUGGUCUCGCCGCCAGUCUUUUCCUUCUCAUUUUCAGUUUAAGUAACUGCUGUUACUUAUGUGAUUAUAUUUUUGCUCAAAUUGAAGCUUAAUGGAUUAUAAUUCUCAGGAUAGUAUUUUGUAAAUAAAGAUGAUUUAAAUAUGAAUCUUAUGAGUAAAUUAUUUCCAUUUUAUUUUAUUCUAGAUAGUAUAACUAUUUUACUUUGAUUACCUCAUUAAUAAUUAUGGUAGUUUUAUAUAUGUAAUCUUAUAGUUGGGGAUAUCUCAAACUCAAAAGGCUGUGUCUUUAUACCAGGAAUGUGUUCACCAUGGUUGUAGACAAUGUAAAAGUAACUUUAAUCAAAUAAAAUUUUAAUUGAUUUAAA